GCUCCUUUAUUUUGCGCUCGUGAUAAGGUCUUCUAGUGCUUAUUAAAAAAAAGCAUUGAGAAGUUGAUGUUUACAUCGUCGUAAAUGUCAGAACACUGAACACACGUGAACACUGUCGAUUGCUGUUAGUAAACAUUAUUGGUGAACGACAUUUUUCUCCUAGGGAAGCAUAACAGGCAGAGGAAAAGAAACCCAAAGAAAUUAUGGCUUCAGACAUGGAGAUAGAUGAUUCUUUAUAUAGUCGACAACGGUAUGUUUAUGGGGACAAUGCAAUGAAACAAAUAGCACAGUCAUCAGUCUUGCUUUAUGGUCUUGGAGGACUUGGAGUUGAAAUAGCUAAAAAUAUUGUAUUAGCAGGAAUAAAGCGUCUGACAAUACAAGAUGGAACAACAUGUUGUGUGGCAGAUUUGGGCACACAAUUUUUUAUUAAUGAAGGUGAUGUGCAAGCUAGGAAAAACAGGGCAGAGGCUUGUGCAGAAAGACUAGCGGAACUAAACCCUUAUGUUGAAAUUUCCACGCUAACAGAACCAUUAACAAUGGCAUCAGACCUUGCUUAUUUACAACAUUUCCAGUGUGUCAUCUUGACGGAAUGCCCACAACAAAUACAGCUGAAAAUCAAUCAGUUUUGUCGGUUAUGCAAUCCUCAAAUCAAGUUCAUCAGUGCUGAUGUUUAUGGAGUAUUUGGAAGCAUUUUUUGUGAUUUUGGGGAUCAUUUUGAGGUAUGGGACACAAGCGGAGAGGAGCCACGUGAAACAUUUAUUGCCAGCAUAACGAAAGCCAAUCCCGGUGUUGUGACAUGUAUAGAAAACCAGUUGCAUGGCUUGGAAACUGGUGAUGUAGUCUGCUUUAAGGAAAUCAAGGGUAUGACACCUCUCAACUCUCUACAGUGCCAAGUAAAAGUCUUAUCACCUAGCAGUUUUUCUAUCUGUGAUACAAGCACCAGUGACUUUCCACCUUAUGAAAGUGGUGGGAUCAUCAGACAAGUUAAAGUUCCAAAGACUGUAUCUUUUAAAUCUCUUCAGGAGCAGUUGAGUUCACCCGAUCUGAUGGUGCCUGAUCUCAACAAGUUUAGUGUUCCUAUCAACAUUCAUCUAGCAUUUCGAGCUCUUAAUGCCUUCCUCUCAGAGACUGGCACAUUGCCUGCACCUUGGUGCCAGAAAAGUGCAGAUAUGGUUAUUGCACUUGCAGAAGCAAUCCGCAAUCCAAUGGCUGAGAAAGUGGACAGCAUGGUUGUGCAGUGCCUGUCGUUCACAGCCCAAGGUAGGUUUGCUCCUAUGUGCGCUGUCAUUGGAGGAUUUGUAGCACAAGAGGGUCUCAAGGCUGUCACUGGCAAAUUUUUACCACUCAAUCAGUGGCUGUAUCUGGAUGCAAUGGAAGUCAUCCCUGACAUGACAACUGCUUCACCUGAUCAUUUUAUUCCAAGAGAUGACAGACUGGAUCAUCUAAGAAUCUGUGUGGGGGAGGAAAUUUGUCAAAAACUAGCAGAUACCCGAUUGUUUAUGGUUGGGUGUGGGGCAAUAGGCUGUGAGAUGUUAAAGAACUAUGCUUUACUUGGCUUGGGCUCUGGACGAUCAGGACAGAUUACCAUUACAGACAAUGAUCUUAUAGAAAAAUCAAAUCUUAAUCGUCAGUUCCUUUUUAGGUCACACCAUAUCAGGAAGCCAAAGUCAACUUGUGCUGCCCAAGCUGUACUGGAAAUUAAUCCAUGUUUACAUAUUGAAGCCCAUCAAUACAAAGUGUGUCCACAGACAGAGUCUACCCUGUACACUGACUCCUUUUUUGAACGUCAAGACAUUAUGGUGAAUGCUCUGGACAAUGUAGAAGCUCGUCGCUACAUGGAUAGUCGCUGUGUGACAACUCAGAGACCUCUGCUGGAAUCAGGCACCAUGGGGACCAAAGGACAUGUGCAAGUUAUAGUUCCACAUUUGACCGAGUCCUACACAAGUCAGCAAGACCCAGUUGAUGAGGAUUUCCCAUAUUGCACAAUCAAGUCUUUCCCUGCGUCUAUAGAGCAUUGCAUUCAGUGGGCACGAGACAAAUUUGAGCAGCUCUUUGUGAUACAGCCCAACCUCUUCAACAAGUUUUUCUCUUGUCAUACAGAUCUCACUUCAGUGGCAGAGCGCUUAAGAUCUGGUGAAAUGGUUGAAGGCGCAAUCCGUGUUAGCAAAAUGGCAGCAACAAGGCCCAGAAUCUGGGAAGACUGCGUCGUCUUAGCGCGUAUCUGGUUUGAAAAGUAUUUUAACUUAAAGGCACACCAGCUGCUGCAUGCCUUUCCUUUGGACACAAAGCUUCAAGAUGGGACACCAUUUUGGCAGUCUCCAAAGCGCCCUCCAGCACCUUUGGAGUUUGAUGUAGGAGAUCCAUUGCACAUCAGCUUUAUUACUAGUGCAGCCCGUUUGCUUUCUGAUAUCUACAACUUGCCACGAUUACCUGAGGACAUGUUGCCAGAAACAUAUAUAACAAUUCUGCGAAGAGUCCAGGUUCCUAAGUUCCAUCCUUCUAACAAGAGAAUUGAAACUGAUGAGGGAAAAACGAAAGAAGAUGAAGCGACGGAUGUGUCAGAAGAUGAAGUAGUAGAGGCAGGAAGACGGUUUACUUACCUGUGCAGUAAGGUGGAUAAAGAGGCAGUUUUGAAGCGGAUGGUUCCCAUGGAAUUUGAAAAAGAUGACGACUUGAAUGACCACAUCAAUUUCAUUGCUGCCUGCUCUAAUCUGCGAGCCCAGAUGUACUCUAUAGAACAAGUAGAUCGACUCAAGAUCAAACGUAUUGCUGGACGCAUAGUACCAGCCAUUGCUACAACAACAGCUGCUGUUUCUGGGCUUGUUACCAUAGAACUGCUUAAAGUCCUACAGAAGAUGCCUCUUGAAGCAUACAGGAAUGCUUUUCUAAAUCUUGCCUUACCCCUGCUUCUUCUAUCAGAACCUGGCCCUUGUCACCGUGCUGUACUGAGGGAAGGUCUGACUGUAAGCAUGUGGGACAAAUGGGUUAUUCAUGGCAAGAAAGACACAACACUUCAGCAGUUCUUGGAUUCUUGCAAGGAACAGUACGGCUUUAACACCUCGUCAGUUGUCCAUGGAGUGAAGAUAGUUUACUUGCCCAUGAUGCCUCUUCAUAGAAAACGCCUGCCAAUGACCAUGCUGAAGCUAGUCAAACCUGAGAGUGGGGUGCAGUAUGUUGACCUCAUCGUGGGCUUUGAUGACCAGGGUAAAGUGGUGGAGGGACCUCCAGUCCGUUAUUUCUUUGGUCACUAACACAAUCAUUUUUGUAAUUAAAACGUUAUUUUGGACAUACAUGUGAUUGUAAAGUCCUACUAUAUUUAUUGUGAAAGAAAUGUAGUUGUAAGAAACUAUUUACUAAAAGAAAAGGAACAAGAAAAGUAUGUGAAUAAAAACCUCAAGAGUUUGAAGACUGUGUGAAGUAAUUUGUGUAAAGAUCCUUACAAGUUUACCUUGUGAAAUGUGAACUGUUCCUAGUUAUGUAAGUCAUGAAGCUGUGACGCUGUUUAUUGCAGAACUCUGAACGAGCACAAGCAAUAGAUUUUAUGCGCCUUUGAUGUUAGGGACUACAUUCAUAAUCACUUUUGUCCUCAGAUUUGGAGAGGUGCUUUUCCUCUUGAAGAUAUAUUGUCAGUGUCUUCACCUGUGUUCCUAAUAUUUUGGAAAUUCAUGCACUUCAUUUUUGGCAUUCACCUGCUAGCAUUAACAGGUUUCAUGUUUUUGUCUACUUUGUGCACAGGUUUUAAGAAAAAUGUUGUGAAGAUGUCACAUCUGAAGAAUGCGUGUAAUGCUUCAUUUGUGCUUUCUGUGCUUCAUUAUUCUGUUUCACAGAUUCAGCACCAUAUCAAAAACAACACCCAAGUUUUUUUUUUAACCCAUUUACAAGGAAUCUGGUGUUGUUUUUGUGAUGUGGAAAUUUUUCUAAUUUUGAAAACCAUUAAAAUUCUGUGAGGCUAUUUUCAACUUGUUCUGCUUACGCUGAAUGUCUUGUCAUUUGGUCUGUGCCCAUUUUAUAAGACUCCUAGUAAGCUGCAGUAUGUCACCCAAAUAAUAAACCCAGCUACAAGUGUAGAAUUCAGAAAAAAAUUUGUGUUAUUUUGUGGAAUACAAACAACAUGCAGCUGAUGGUAAGGAGGAAAAUAGAGCUAUCUCAUCCAGGAAUUGAUAGAAAAUAAAGAUGGUUAAAGUAAAAUCCCCCUUUCAUAGAUUUUCAUCGAAAAACUGACAUUUUCUAGCAUUCUUGCAGCGAAGAUAAGCUAUAUUUCUUAGGACUGAACUAUGGCAUUGAUCAUGUCGGCCUGGGCUGUAGAUGAUGUGCAGCUUGUAUUUCUAUGAGAUUCUUAGAUCCUGGUAUUAAGUGGUCAGAUUUGUGCUUUCUCUGAUGAACUUUCUGCCUAUUAAUGACAUCAUAGACUAUUGGAAACAAUUCAGAAACAAGCUUUUUUGUGAUGACCCUGAGACUUGGGGCGAACAUGCAUUUUAGUGAUAGCAUGUUCCACUGGAUCGAUUAUUCAGGUUUUCAAUUUGACAGCUAAAUGAAAGUAAGAGACGUUUAAAUGCAUUCCCAUCCAGUUAAUAAGUUUUACUGUUAUGGACCAUUACUUUUAUAUAUUGUUAGCAUACCAGUUCACAUACAAGCCACCUAGCUACAUUGUAUUUUCUGAAAGUAAAUAUGGGAUAAAUGUGCACUAAAAGGGCAAAUGGCACAGCAGGAAACUUAGAGUUUAAGUGAAUCGCAUAUUUAUUUUACAGUGUCAUGAUUUUAUAACAAAUCAAGUCUUUUGUAAGAUAUGGCUCAGUCAGAUGGUGGCUUUAGUCAUGUAGGAAUAAACAUUGGUUGUUAAUGAAAAUAGCAUUAAGAAGAAAAAAAGGAAAAUGUUUUGUUGUGAAUUAGCCAAUACCCUGCGAUCUGAUAAGGGAUGAUGGAAUCAGAUCUGUGCAAGAAGCCAGGAGUCCUGGAUGCACACAAGUUGAAAAUUACAUGUGAUUUGUAUCAGUGGUUUGAUUCCAUUACAUAAUCUGUUGUGAAUUGCCUUAAAAAUCUUGUGAGGGUGUGAAUCGUGUUUUAUGCAAGUGUUUAAUAAAAACAGUUCCCGCAAGGAGCAAACUUGCUGUUUUAGUAUGCUGAGGAAUUUGAAUGUCCCCCUUUAUUCAAAAUUUUUGUUGAAUGUAUUAAUUGCUUUACACAUACUUGCAGUUUAAAUCCACUCAGGUGUCUGAGACAACUUCAUGUGAUAGAAACUUCUAUGGUUAUCCUAUUCUUUUGAAAAAUGUUUCAAAAUUAAGAUGUAAUGAAAAUUGAAGUGCUUUCUUGUAUGCUUAUACUUGCAGUUGCUUUGAUUGUGAACACAAUUACAAUCUGGAUAUAAAUACAAAUGAAAAAUUC